AUGGAAUUCAGGGUCAAAGCAGUUGCCGCAGCGGCGCUGCUCCUUAGCACUGCAGUCACCGCCCAUGAGCAUCAUUCGGACAAGAUUCCAGAGGGACAGGCCAUUUCAGUAGACCCACUCGACUCGAUAUUAUGGGUACACAUCUUGAUCCAGACUAUGGCUUGGGGCAUCAUCUUUCCUACAGGAAUGGUUCUGGGAACCCUCGGAUCCGUUCUCGCCAUCGCGGGAUACUUCCUCGGCCAUAAGCACAAGGGAAGGCAGUUUACGAAGAACAUCCAUGCCCAAUUCGUACCCUACAUCAUGCUUAUGUUGAUCUCGCAAAUCGCCAUGGGCAUCUACUUGAAACUCCACCUAGAGAAGGGCAUACAUGCGAAGGUACGGAAGGUUGUAAUAAGGGUACAUGGUUUCGUUGGCAAGGCUAUGCCAAUCGCCACCUGGGUGCAAUUUAUCUUUGGGGGCAUCACUGCGCUCGGAUUCUGCAGAGCCGAUCACACAGGCCAAUGCUUGGCUCAUUUCAUCAUGGGAAGUGCAUUCAUUGCUUAUGGAAUCAUCCUUGUGAUCCUACUCCUGGUAGGCCAGGCAUGGCUCAGGCGCACCGGACGAAGCCAAGAAUUCUUCGACUCGCUCGUCAUCGCUGCAUGGGGCUGCGUCAACACCUUUACGGAGCACCGCUGGGGGCAUGAGUGGGGACACAACGACUUGCAACACACUUCUAUGGGCAUCAUUUGGUGGGCAGCUGGUUUGGUUGGAGUAUGGUUGAGCCGCACAAGAGGUGGACGACCAAAGCGCAACCUUAUACCUGGAAUGGUUAUAUUUGUCACAGGUUGGGCCAUGUCUGCGCAUCCCCAACAUCUGCCCAUUUCGACCAUGAUUCACACCGUGUUUGGCUACACCUUGAUGGCUGCUGGUGCGGCUCGUAUCAUCGAAAUUUCUUUCGUCUUGAAAGACCGCAGCUUCAUUGCCGAUGGUUCAGACCCGAACAGCUUUCAGUACAUGACACCGUUCCUGCUCAUUGCCGGUGGUUUUAUGUUCAUGGGCGCCACCGAGGAGCAGAUGCAGAUCCUGCACGACGCGAACGUCACGCAUGUGUCUUAUAUCCUCAUUCUUUUCAGCGUCGCUUUCUUGCUCUUCCUUUUCGUAAACAUGCUCAUUCACCUCUACGCCGUAAGUGCGUGGGGCGAGGACUCCAAAUCUGAUGCCGAAGCACCUCGUUUAAACGGGCAGGCAAAUGGUCAUGCCAACGGUUACGCCAGGGUUGAUGGACGGGUACGGGACGCUCAGGAGUUUGAAUUAGCCGGACUUGACUCGGACGAUGAUGAUGAUGAUGUCCCUCUUCAGAAGAAAGAGUCGAGACCGCUUGUGGCUCAGCAUUAA